AUGCCCGUGGGGGGCCUGCUGCCGCUCUUCAGUAGCCCGGCGGGCGGCGGCCUGGGCGGGGGGCUUGGCGGCGGCGGCGGCGGCGGCGGCGGCGGCAGGAAGGGGUCGGGCCCCGCCGCCUUCCGCCUGACGGAGAAGUUCGUGCUGCUGUUGGUGUUCAGCGCCUUCAUCACGCUCUGCUUCGGGGCAAUCUUCUUCCUGCCCGACUCUUCCAAGCUGCUCAGCGGGGUCCUGUUCCACUCCAGCCCCGCCCUGCAGCCGGCCGCCGACCACAAGCCGGGACCCGGGGCGCGCGCCGAGGACGCGGCGGAGGGGCGCGCCCGGCGCGGCGAGGAGGGCGCUCCGGGAGACCCCGCGGCCUCCCUAGAGGACAGCUUGGCCAGGAUCCGCGAAAACCACGAGCGGGCUCUGAGGGAAGCCAAGGAGACCCUGCAGAAGCUGCCCGAGGAGAUCCAGAGAGACAUCCUGAUGGAGAAGGAGAAGGUGGCCCAGGACCAGCUGAGUAGCAGGGCGGGGUUCAGAAGGCUGCCCCCCGUGUACUUAGCACCCCUGAAUACAGUCGGGGCGAUUGACCGGGAACCCGCCGACGCCGCCGUCCGCGAGAAGAGGGAAAAGAUCAAAGAGAUGAUGAAACAUGCUUGGAAAAAUUAUAAACGUUAUGCUUGGGGUAAAAAUGAACUGAAGCCUGUAUCAAAAGGAGGCCAUUCAAGCAGUUUGUUUGGUAAUAUCCAAGGAGCAACAAUAGUAGAUGCCCUGGAUACACUUUUUAUUAUGAAUAUGAAAGAUGAAUUUGAAGAGGCUCAAGCAUGGGUUGAAGAAAAUCUAAAUUUUAAUGUGAAUGCUGAAGUUUCUGUUUUUGAAGUAAAUAUACGCUUUGUUGGUGGACUAAUCUCAGCCUACUAUCUGUCUGGAGCAGAGAUAUUUCGAAAGAAAGCAGUGGAACUUGGGGUAAAAUUGCUACCUGCAUUUCAGACACCCUCUGGAAUACCUUGGGCACUGCUGAAUAUAAAAAGUGGGAUUGGAAGGAACUGGCCCUGGGCCUCAGGAGGAAGCAGUAUUUUGGCAGAAUUUGGAACUCUGCACUUGGAGUUUAUGCACUUGAGCUACUUAUCAGGAAACCCCAUCUUUGCUGAUAAGGUAAUGAAUAUUCGAACAGUACUGAACAACCUGGAAAAACCAGAAGGCCUUUACCCUAACUAUCUGAAUCCCAAUAGUGGACAGUGGGCUCAAUAUCAUGUAUCAGUUGGAGGACUUGGAGACAGUUUUUAUGAAUAUUUGCUAAAGGCAUGGUUAAUGUCUGACAAGACAGAUCUCCAGGCUAAGAAAAUGUAUUUUGAUGCUAUUAAGGCUAUUGAGACUCACUUGAUCCGGAAGUCCCGUAAUGGACUGACUUACAUCGCAGAGUGGAAAGGGGGCCUCCUGGAACACAAGAUGGGCCACCUGACCUGCUUUGCUGGAGGCAUGUUUGCACUCGGGGCCGACGACGCUCCUGAAGGAAUGACCCAACACUACCUUCAACUUGGGGCUGAAAUUGCCCGGACCUGUCAUGAAUCUUACAAUCGCACCUUUGUGAAACUGGGACCAGAAGCUUUCAGAUUUGAUGGUGGUGUUGAAGCCAUUGCUACGAGGCAAAAUGAGAAAUACUACAUCUUACGGCCAGAAGUUGUUGAGACUUACAUGUACAUGUGGCGACUGACUCAUGAUCCAAAGUACAGGAAAUGGGCCUGGGAAGCUGUGGAGGCCCUGGAGAAACACUGCAGAGUGAAAGGGGGCUAUUCCGGCCUCAGGGAUGUUUACUUCAACAAGGAGAGCUAUGAUGAUGUGCAACAGAGCUUCUUCCUGGCAGAGACACUAAAAUAUUUGUACUUAAUAUUUUCUGAUGAUGAUCUACUUCCUCUGGAACAUUGGAUCUUCAACACCGAGGCACAUCUUCUCCCUGUACUCUCUAGGAAUUUAAAGAAAGUUGAAGACGAUGGGAAAUAA